UCACACUGACAGGUCCCGUACUGGGGGUCGAAUGGUGCAUGACGAGCAAGUAUCCCAACUGAGACUACAGGAAAAUACAGGAAUAAUACAAUAAAUAUACAUUUUGUCGUCCCAAACCAGUAUGAACCUUUUCCACCGAAAUCUGGACGGGACUACAGUGUGAGUGAUGCCGCGGAGAUAUUCAGACAGAGAUACCGCCGGUGUUAUUUGUCACAUUUAGCAAAGAUUAACGUAACAUUUCGCUUACACCAUAUUAAAUAUCGCUGUGUUAGUUUAAAACAAUGCGGCAGGCGUUUUUGAGAAAUGUCCGUCGGUUUCCGUGGGUCACCAACGUGACAAUGUACGGCUGCCUGUUCGCGGGAGGGGACUUUGUCCACCAGUGGUUCUUCUCGCGCAGGGAGGAACUGGAUUGGCGACACACACGGAAUGUCGCCGUGGUCGCGUUUGGUUUCCAUGGAAACGUCAAUUUCUUCUGGAUGCGGUUCCUGGAGCGAAGGUUUCCCGGGAACUCCAUCCGGAUGGUGCUGAGGAAGCUGCUGCUGGACCAGACCACCGCCGCCCCGCUGGCCGUCAGCGUCUUCUACACGGGUGUCAGCUUCUUGGAGGGCAAAGAUGACAUUUUUGAAGACUGGAGAGAGAAAUUCCUGAAUACCUAUAAGACGGGGCUAAUGUUCUGGCCAUUUAUGCAGUUUCUGAACUUUACCUUCGUGCCUCUGUACUUGCGGACCACCUUCACCGGCUGCUGCGGCUUCGUCUGGGCCACCUUCCUCUGCUUCUCGCGUCAGAGCGGCGACGGCACGGCUGCUGCUGCUCUGACUUGGAUGUUCCCUCCUAAAGAAGAGGAAGGAGAAUCCACAACGGAGAAAGUAGACUGCAAGGACCAGAAAGAUGCUUCCAAAGAGGGACCAGUAGCAUCCAAACCUACUCAGAACUGAAGUAUGUUGGAUCAGUGUCUGUAAUGGAGGGGACAAAACAAAAAGGUGGUCCUGUCUGUGGUCCAUGUUGCACUUUCACUGCCAGGGUUUGAGUUCAAAGUCUCUCUGAGGUUGAACUAAAAUGUGUAUCCUCAUUACGCUCUAGGUGCUUUGCGAAAGAGCGUCCAGCAAGUUGAAUGUGUAUAUUUUUAAAUAUGCACAUCACCUCAAACAUGUCAAUCAGUCCUACUUUUCCAUCAAUGUGCUAUACUUGUCAUCCGGUUUUGUUUUUAUAAAUGCAACCGUGUGUUCUCUCAUUUCAAACAGGAGAGUUCCCUUCAUUAAUUGGACCAUAUGAAAAUGAUUCUUGAUGACUUCUAUGUCUGAGGGGAAGCUUUGAUAAUGACGGGAAUGUGGCAGGUUGAUGAUCUACAUUCCUCUGCUUUUGUCUCAAAACUGGAAUGAAAGUGGGGAAGAAUGUUUGCCACAGUGCGGAGAGGCAGCUAAUAUAUUAGCUUAGACUUCUUACUUCAUAACAUUGGCCACAUUUCUAAAAAAUUCUUUAAAAGGGCCCUAUUGUGCUUUUAAGGGGUUAUCCCUUUCUUGUAGUGUGUUCUAGGUAUUUGUGCAUGUUAAUGGUCUUGAAUGGCUAAAAUCCCCACAGUGGGAGUUUCUCUUUCUCACUUUUUCAACAACAAGGUGGAGGAGAGUCCUCUCCUGUCAGACUGAGAGGCUCAGUGAACUAAGGGACUCUCUGAGUGUUUAGAUAGUUAACUUUAGUCUAAGUUAUCUCAGU